AUGGAGGAACCAGUGAAGGGAACAGUGACAUCGCUGUCUUCUUUAGUACCCGCCGAGGAAGCCCAGAAAGCAUCGAGGCGCGUGCUUGACGCGAUCUACGAACGCCGAGAACAGCUGGACCAGCUCAAAAGUUUCGUCGCCGACAACACUAACCUCGUCAACCUGGUCCAGAAACUCCCCGAAGAACUCCACCAUGACAUCAUGGUUCCGUUUGGAAAGGCCGCUUUUUUUCCCGGUCGUUUGAUUCACACCAAUGAGUUCUUGGUACUUCUUGGAGAAGGUUACUAUGCCGAAAGAACAUCCAAACAAACAGUAGAGUUUUUGAAACGAAGAGGGAAGGUUUUGGAGUCCCAAGUGGAAUCCCUCAAGGCUGUAAUGCAGGAUCUUAAGGCUGAGGCUUCAUUUUUUGACGCUACAGCUGCUGAGGCAGUGGAGGGUGUUGUAGAGAUAAGGGAAGACUAUGUUGAGGAACUGUCUCCUGAAAAGGAAAAAGUGUCUAUAGCAGGCAGGUUUACCGCUCUUAUUGUAGCUGCACCUAUUUCAGCUGCUUCUUUUGUUUUUUGCUUUCUCCUUGAACAUCUUCCUAUUUCGAUUUUUCUUGUUGAUGUUAGAGCAUUGCCAUUGGGGGCACAAUCAGAUUCUCCUAGUUUUGCUGUGGCGGACAACAUGGAAGCUGGGUCCGUAGAUGAAGAAUACACUCAUAUAUUGUCCAUCAUGGAUAAACUCGAGAAAGAAGAGGAGGAAACUGAAAAUGCCAAUGAACACAGUGAAGAUGAGCAGGAUGACUCUGUUUUCGGUCAGCGUUCUCCAGAUCACGAGGUCAAAAGUUCAGAGAUAAGUGCCCCGUCAUUGCACUCAAAGGCUGAAAGUAUGACUAGGGAAGAUACCUUCAAAAAUUUCUUUCAACAAGAUUUUUCUGAUCGGUUGGAUGAUUUAAGCUAUGUGAGACUGGAUUGUGCAAUUGAUAUAUGUAGGAUCAAAGAAAUUGUUACAGAGAAGGCGGAUAUAGUGAAAUUAUCCAAAUGGGUUCUUGAAAUAAAUGUUGGAAAAGAUGGGAUUUCAGUUUUGGGAGGGUGGAUUGGAAUUGAAGAUUUACCGUUUCAUCUGUGGAAAGAAGACAUCUUUAGGAAAAUUGGAGAGUGA